UUGAAGGUAGGCACAAGCUCAAGAGCAGUAUUGUUAAAUUGUAUAGUGUUUGCCUUUGUUGCAGUCUACUGUAGCUUUAGGCAUCAAUAACAUCCCAAUAGUAUUAACCUGAGCCACAUGACACUGUGAUUCUGGCAGCUGUCUUCCGUCUGGCCGGUAUUUCGGUACAUUCCAACAAUGCCUUUGUACUUAUAACGCCACACCUCCAGUUGCGCUGAAGCUUAAAAAGCAAGAACCUCAAGACUGCGCAUUAGCAUAACAAUAAAAGCUCCUGCCACACCCACCCAUACACUCGACAGGACGGCCUGCAUUAUGUUCACAAAUCACCUGGUCACAGAAUAGUCAGACCGACGCUUGCUAGAGGAGGCCAACUUUUUCUGACCCAGUCCCUAAUGGUUUUUAGGAUGAGCCAAAUGAAUGUGAUCUGAGCUACAGGAGGACAGAAGAACCACACAAGGACAUUGGACCCUUGAACAGAGGCCUCAGGCUGGGACUGACAAAGCUGUGGAGAAGUUCACACAGGUUUCAGUUCAAUUAUUUGAAAUCCUACCGGAAGGGGUCUUCAUCCAUCUGAGCCCUGCCAGUAUGGGCGCUCAACAAGAAAAAAUGCACUGCAACAGGUACCUGGACGGUCAUGGACCUCGAACCCUGAUGGACCAAGCUAAAGAGGAGGUGAAGGGGAGCUAUGCUGUGGUGUCAGAAGGUGACCAGCCUGAGGGCCAGAUGACAUGGGUGAUGCUGCACAGAGACCUCCCUGGAUACCCAGAAGACAAAACCCUACAGAUCUGUUAUGUGUUUGCAGAUGGAAAACAAACGGAAAGGCAUCCGCAUCCCGGACAGUCAUAUUUGGGGAUGAGGACAUUGGCUUAUUUACCCGACAACCGUGAUGGGAGGCGUAUCCUGAUGCUUUUAGAAAAAGCAUUCAAGCAGAAGCUGAUCUUCACUGUAGCAACCAAUGAACAUGGAAUGGAUAUGGUCACAUGGGCAGAUAUACCCCAUAAAACCUCCCCUGACGCAGGAAGAGACAGUGACCACUAUCCAGACCCUGACUACCUGAAGACAGUGAGAAAAAUACUGAAAGACAAAGGCAUGGAAUGAAAGGCGAAUAAUAAUAACAAUCACCAAUAAUGUCAGCGUCAUCAUUGAUAUGUCAGCACAGAGAAAAACCUGAAAGGUGCUGAAUCUUCUACUGCAGUCAAUAGGUCUGUGUGGUACAGCAGGUUUAAAUAUGUUCAUAUGUUUGUGUUGUUGCAAUGUACUGUGUGUUUUGUUUCUUAGGAGAAAAUGAUAAUAUAUUUGUACUUUCAUUUGAUAUGUCCUUAUGUUCCUAAGGUGUCAUAAAGUUGAUUCCUCUAUACUCCC